UGAAUACGCAUUAAACUAUGAAAACAAUAGCAAGUUAAAAAAGUGAAAAUUAACUCUAUUUAUGAUUUUACAAUUAAGACUUUCAUAAUUAAAACGUAAACGAAAUUUUAUUAAUAAAAUGUUUUCGCGGUCGCAAGCUUCAAAAGCUAACAAUGACGUUGAUAUCAGUAACAAUAAAAUGAGCACUAUCUGCGAAAAUGUAGAACAAAACGGCAACAACAACAACUACAACGUAAACGAAGAUGACGUAGUCACCAGCAAUGUUGCCCCCACUACAAAUCGUAGAAACUCCAGACUUUCGAUACGCGGUUUUGGCAGUAUUUUAGGAAAAAAACGGGAUGAACGAAAAUUUAGUUUAUAUCAAUUAACAAAUGAAUCACUUCCAAGAUUAGAUAACUACAGAGCAUCGAAAAGAAAUAUUAAAAGACCGUCCAUUGGUGAAAUGCAUGGAGAACCCGGGCGAGAACAACGUUUACCAAUUCCCGACCCACUUUCUGAAACUGGAACUACUACUGGACAUUCUGUUAAAUUAGGCUGGAUAAUGGGUGUCAUGAUACCUUGCUUGCUGAAUAUAUGGGGUGUCAUGCUGUUUUUGCGUCUUAGUUGGGUGAUUGGUGAAUCUGGAAUAUUACAAACUCUUGCUAUUAUUGCGAUAUCUGCAGUUGUAUGCGUCGUUACGACUUUAUCACUUUCAGCGAUUUGUACAAAUGGAGAAGUUAAAAGCGGCGGCGUUUACUUUAUAAUAUCACGUUCGCUAGGUCCCGAAUUUGGCGCAUCUGUAGGCGUUGUUUUCGCUUUCGCGAAUGCUGUCGCUGCAUCAAUGAAUACCAUUGGAUUUUGUGAAUCUUUAAAUGAUUUAUUAAAGCAAAAUGAUCUAAAAAUUAUUGAUAAUGGCAUUAAUGACAUAAGAAUAGUUGGGGUGUGCGCAAUUUUGCUAUUAACAUUCAUUUGCUGUGUGGGUAUGGAAUGGGAAACAAAAGCACAAAACUUUCUUUUAGCCACGAUAAUUAUCGCCAUAUUUAACUUUUUAAUUGGUGCUGCUAUUGGUCCACUAGGUAAUGAAGAAUAUAUUUCCAAAGGCUUUGUUGGUUUUUCAUGGGAUGUAUUUAAAGAAAAUUUCGGAUCCGACUACCGAUUUUCAGAAGGAGUGCAACAGAAUUCCUUUAGUGUUUUUGCUAUUUAUUUCCCAAGCGUAACAGGAAUACAGGCUGGCGCAAAUAUUUGUGGGGAUUUAAAGGAUCCCGGCGCAGCUAUACCAAAAGGCACGUUUUGGGCACUUUUGAUUUCUAUGUCUUCGUACGUUAUUUUUACAUUUUUUGCGGGCAGUGCUGCUGUACGUGAUGCUUCGGGGAAUGUAGCUGAUCUUGUUAAUGGUAGUAUUAUCAGCUCAUCACUACCAUGUAAAUUAAAUAAUGUAUGCAAUUUUAUUCAAAAGAAAUGUAUAUUUAUAUACAUAUAUAUUAAUAGCAAUUAUAUAAUACAGACUUGCGAGUUCGGAUUGGCCAACUCCUACUCAGUGAUGCAGCUAAUGUCGCUUUGGGAACCAUUAAUAUAUGCUGGCUGCUUUGCUGCUACUCUCAGCACCGCAUUGACUAAUUUACUUUCUGUACCACGACUUGUCCAAGCUUUGGGUAUUGAUCAAAUAUACCCCGGCCUAAUAUUCUUUUCGAAACCUUAUGGAAAGCAUGGUGAACCAUAUCGUGGGUACGUACUAACCUUCAUUAUAUCAGCCGGAUUCUUGCUCAUUGGUCAACUUAACGUAAUUGCACCUCUAAUUUCCACAUUUUAUUUGGCUUCUUAUGCACUUAUUAACUUCUGUACAUUCCACGCAGCGUUUGUAAAGCCACUUGGAUGGCGUCCCACAUUUAAAUAUUACAACCUUUGGUUAAGUUUAUUUGGUUUUCUGUUAUGUAUUGUAAUAAUGUUUCUUAUCGAUUGGAUGGCUUCCCUUAUUACACUUGUCAUAAUAUUUGCACUCUAUUUGGUGGUAAUGUACCGUAAACCUGAAGCAAAUUGGGGCUCCACAACUCAAGCGCAACAGUAUAAAGCUACGUUAACAUCAGUGUAUCGUUUGCAAAAUGUAUCUGAUCACGUUAAAAAUUAUAAUCCACAAGUUUUAGUACUAUCAGGUGAUCCAAAAAUACGUCCACCACUGAUAGAUUUUGGUUACUUACUUACCAAACAGAAUUCUUUAAUGUUUGUCGGAAACAUAUUACCAAAAAGUAUAGGUUAUAAAAAUAGCCAAAAAAUUAUUAAAGAAGGUCAAAAAUACUUAGAUGAACGCAAAAUUAAAGCUUUCUACACUCUCAUUGAUGGGUUCAAUAUGGAUGAUGGUGUUAAAAUAAUGGCAAAAUGUACAGGUUUGGGUAAAAUGAGUCCAAAUAUUGUAUUAAUUGGCUACAAAAAUAAUUGGUUUAAUUGUCGAAAGGAAGAAGUGGAAACCUAUUUCAAUAUAUUAUACAACUCAUUUUCACAACGGUUGGGAGUAGUAAUAUUACGCUUAAACAAUGGACUUGAUUUUUCAGGUGUUAAACUAGAAUGUACUACACCUACAACACCUAUGCAAGAUUUUCAAAUAGUUAGAACCUUCGGAUUUAACAAUCCUGUUAGUGUGGCUUCAGUAACAGCUUCGGAAUUGUUGCACGUUGAUUCUAAUCUUAAUUUAGCAAGUCUCGAUACACCAAAUAUAGGAAUAGCAGAAUCAGAACCAAACUUAGUAGAUCUUAAUGAAUUUAACGAAAAUAGAAACGAUAAUUCAAACGAUUCUGUAAAUACUUUGAGAAGUAACAUGUUAACCGUAUUUACACGCAAACAGCCAAAAAGCACUAUUGAUGUGUUUUGGUUAUACGAUGAUGGAGGCUUAACAAUGUUACUUCCACACAUUAUAUCUAUGCGUUCCAAUUGGAAGCAAUGCGAUCUUCGAAUUUUUGCUCUUAGCCAUGGCAAGGACGAAAAAGCCGAAGAAAAAAGCAUGGCCAAUUUAUUGAUAAAGUUCCGUAUCCAGUACUCUGAGCUUAUUAUGCUUAAAGGUCUUAGUGAUCGACCAAAACUGGAAACAAUCAACAAGCACAAAAGUCUAAUACAAAAUUUUUGUCAACAAGCAACAAACGAGUUUUCUAUUACCGAGCAUGAGUUGCGAUCUUUAGAAGAAAAAACAUGGAGACAACUCAGAAUACAUGAGCUGAUAGUUGAAUACUCAUUCAAGGCAUCAUUGGUUGUUAUGUCACUGCCAAUGCCACGAAGGGAAGCAAUAUCAACGCCAUUGUAUAUGUCGUGGCUAGAAAUGUUAACGACUGAUAUCAAGUGUCCAAUUGUUCUUGCCCGUGGAAAUCAAACUCCAGUUUUAACAUUUUAUUCAUAGAAUUAGUAAUAAGCACAUUAACCUUACAAUUAUUUUAAUAACAAAUACUUGAGAUAAAAGUGUAAAAGUAACAAAAAAACCAAUAAAAUAUAU